UUCUCUUCGACUUGUUCUUUGUAUUUUUAGUCGUACCCUUUAUACUAAACAAUAUAUAUGGUAACUUCUGCGUGGCUUCAGCCAAGUUGAAUCAAUCUUCAACGAAGGACCGUUCAGAACUGGCAGACCGCCAGACCCGACUGUUAUGCUUUCUAAUUAAGAGUCCAAGGUCUCUUUUGAAGCAGAAAGUCUUAGAGCCAAUACGCUAUUUCACCAUCUACCUGCUUUACCGGUUAGAAAGAAUCACAAUUCUUACCAAAAACAUGUCAAAUUCAACAAGUUCAUCUUCGCUUGAGAGGCAGUUGGUACUUGAUGCAGAUGAAGAUUCAUAUGGAGGAGUUACUGUAAACAUGGAAAAGCCUAUGGAUUCCAAGGUGUUCACUUCUGUGCUUAGAACAUCAUUAUCAUAUUGGAGGCAACAGAGGAAGAGGGGUGUUUGGAUUAAAUUGCCAAUUCAUCUGGCAAAUCUUGUGGAACCCACAGUUCAAGAAGGGUUUAGGUACCACCAUGCCGAACCAGAUUACUUGAUGCUUGUGUAUUGGAUUCCUAAAACUUCUGAUACCAUUCCUACAAAUUCUUCGCAUCGUAUUGGAGUUUGUGCUUUUGUCCUGAACGAUAAGAGAGAGGUUCUCGUAGUUAAGGAGAGGUCUGGACAAUUCGGAGGUACAGACGUAUGGAAGUUUCCUACAGGAGUUGCGGAGGAGGGUGAGGAUAUCUGGACAGCUGCAAUUAGAGAAGUUAAAGAAGAGACAGGAGUUGAUACAGAAUUUGUUGAAGUUUUAGCCUUCAGGCAAAGCCACCGUGCAUUCUUUCGAAAAUCGGAUUUGAUGUUUGUUUGCAUGCUACGACCUUGCUCCUCUGACAUUCAAAAACAAGAUUCAGAAAUUGAAGCUGCUCAGUGGAUGGCCGCUGAGGAUUAUGCCGCCCAAUCAUUUGUACGCCAACAUGAACAAUUCAACUAUGUUGCCAAAAUAUGCUUAACAAAAUCAGAAAAGGCGUAUGCUGGUUUUUCUCCGAUUCCAGCACUCUCAUCCUCUGGUAAAAUAAACUACUUGUAUUUCAACCACCGGGAUUGUGACCUAUCUAUCGACCAAAGCCAGUAAUCAAUCGGUAGCAUAAUUAAGGUUCAUUUGUUGAUUGUUGUUCUGCCAAUUGUAUUGUCCACAAGCAAAAAGUUAAUCUAAUAGAAGAACCAUUCUAUAAGGAGUUGGUUUUGCUGCAAGAAAAUUAGGUUGAAUAUCAGAUUCUCCUAAUCUUAAAAAAAAAAAAAAAAAAAAAAAAAAAAAAAAAAAAAAA